UAGGUUCAAAGGUUAAUCAAAACCAACACAAUAGUAUACUUGGCUAGCUGCUCGGCUCUUGGAGAAAGAUAAACAACUCUUCUUUGCGAAAUUAACAGCACUCGACUGCUAUAGCAUUGGAGUCUGAUCAAACUGUUUGAAAAUCAUAAGUGUAGGUGUUUGCACUAUUGUCGCUGUUUUUCGAAGGCGCUAGCUAAUGUUAGCAAACUAACGUAGCCAUCACUGAACUGGCUCGCUAGCUAGAUAGUUACACACAAAACUACAGCUAUGUUUGUGCAAGAAGAGAAGAUAUUCGCUGGAAAAAUAUUAAAAAUCCACAUUUGUACUAUGGAGGGUACAGAGUGGUUGGAAGAAGUAACAGAGGGUACCACUAUUGAAAAACUCAAAGAGAAGUGCUUGAAACAUUAUUUACAUGGAAGCCUCGAAGACCCCAAAACAAUCACACACCAUAAACUUGUCCAUGUUGCCACGGAGAGUAUCCUCAAAGAAACUAAAACGGUUGCAGAUGAAAGUCUAAAAGAUAAAGAUGUUCUUCUACUGAUAAAGAAGAGACCACUGCCACCCCCUCUGAAAAUGGCUGACAUAACUGCAGAGGAAAAGAAGAAGCAGGAUAACAAGGCUCCAGAUAAAGAUGCCAUCCUGAAGGCCACCGCUGGCCUGUCCACCCGCCACACAGACCGCACUGUCACCCAGCAUAACAUCAGAGAUUUUCAGACGGAGCUCAGGAAAAUCCUUGUCUCUCUCAUUGAAGUUGCCCAGAAGCUUCUCGCCUUGAACCCCGAUGCCGUGGAGCUCUUCAAAAAGGCCAAUGCCAUGCUGGAUGAGGAGGAGGAGGACCGGGUGGAUGAGACGACCCUUCAGCAGCUGACUGAGAUGGGUUUCCCUGAGAGCAGAGCCAUCAAAGCUCUCAGACUCAACCACAUGUCAGUGACCCAGGCCAUGGAGUGGCUGAUUGAGCAUGUAGACGACCCCACGGUGGACACCACCCUGCCCGGCCAGGACGCCCCAGGAGCAGUAGGAGCCACAGCACCACCCCUGAUCCCCUCUAUCUCCGCCUCAUUUCCGAACCUCCUCCGCACCCUCUCCCAGACCAACACGGAUGCCGCCGCCAGGCAGGACGAACUCACUGAGAUCUUCAAGAGGAUCCGAAGGAAAAGGGAGUUCAGGCCCGACUCACGGGCUGUCAUUGCGUUAAUGGAGAUGGGCUUUGAUGAGAAGGAGGUGGUCGAUGCCCUGAGAGUCAAUAACAACCAACAGGAUACUGCAUGCGAGUGGCUGCUGGGGGACAGGAAGCCGUCUCCGGAGGACUUGGAUAAAGGCAUCGACAUCAACAGUUCUCUGUUCCAGGCCAUCCUGGAGAACCCUGUGGUCCAGCUGGGCCUCACCAAUCCCAAAACACUGCUGGCGUUUGAGGACAUGUUGGAGAACCCUCUGAACAGCACCCAAUGGAUGAAUGACCCUGAGACUGGGCCUGUCAUGCUGCAGAUCUCCAGAAUCUUCCAGACACUCAACCGCACGUAGAGAGUGUGUGUGUGUGUGUGUGUGUGUGUGUGUGUGUGUGUGUGUGUGUGUGUGUGUGUGUGUGUGUGUGUGUGUGUGUGUGUGUGUGUGUGUGUGUGUGUGUGUGUGUGUGUGUGUGUGUGUGUGUGUGUGUGUGUGUGUGUGUGUGUGUGUAGGUGAGCUUGUGUGUGUGUGUAGGUGAGCUUGUGUGUGUGUGUAGGUGAGCUUGUGUGUGUGUGUAGGUGAGCUUGUGUGUGUGUGUAGGUGAGCUUGUGUGUGUGUGUAGGUGAGCUUGUGUGUGUGUGUAGGUGAGCUUGUGUGUGUGUGUAGGUGAGCUUGUGUGUGUGUGUAGGUGAGCUUGUGUGUGUGUGUAGGUGAGCUUGUGUGUGUGUGUAGGUGAGCUUGUGUGUGUGUGUAGGUGAGCUUGUGUGUGUAGGUGAGCUUGUGUGUGUGUGUGUAGGUGAGCUUGUGUGUGUGUGUGUGUAGGUGAGCGUGUGUGUGUGUGUAGGUGAGCUUGUGUAAGUGUGUACACGGCUGUGACAAGUAUUGUUUUUUGCCUUAAAGUCAAAGCCGGAGAAGGGGGGGGGGGGUGUAAAAGACAUAUUUAUUUAUACCACAGAAAACCUUGUACAAAACUAUGUUAACAUGAUUAUUACAAUUAUUGUUUUGUUUUUUACAUUUUAAAAAUAACAGUUUAUAGUUAUGACGCACAUGAUUUAUUUGAUACAUUUAUCCAUGUACAAAAAAAGACCAUCGGGCAUCAAACCAAUGUUUACUCUUCAAAAACAUUCCUUUUUGCCAUAUUCAAAUAUUCAUUUGUUUAAUUUGUCUCCUUAAAUUAUUACAUGUCCUCAAUGGUGAAUGUUUCUACCGUGAGUUGAAUGACUCCAGGCAGUCUGUAUAAUUUGGUUGAAGACAAGUCAGACUGCAAGUGAACAUGCAUCAAACUGUUGCGUGAUGAUGAAAUGAGUGUUCAGUACUCACCAGAGGUUUGUUCAGAACAUGAAAACGUUCCAAAGGUUGUAGAUAGACAUGUAAUGUAUAGAGCGGAUCCGAUUAGAUUAUUCCCUGUGACAAAUAAGGUCUGUUCUAAAUUACGUGUUUCCAUCUUAAAGUUGUGUAACGUUCCACCCUUCUUGAAUGAUUAAACCUCAGGUUAUGGCUAUGUUUCAGUUAACCUCUCCUUCCUUCUAAAUUGUGCACUUGUUCACUUCCCUUCUGUGGUUUAAAAGGAAAUGACUGGUGUAAGAAAUGUGGUUGAAACUCCCUCUAGUCCAUGCCUCCACAAAUCUGAUGCUUUUAGAUUUGUAGGAAGUAUUGGGAUGCACUUGCUGUGGUGGCAAUGGUUGUGCUUAUCACAUUAAGUCCAGAACUUAGAGUGUGGAUGUACAGGUGGAUGUGGGUGGUCAGACACACUGACUUUAUCUUUUGCUUUCGCUCAAAAUCUCUCUCUGUGUGUUCAACCUUGGGAGCCUAGUGGUCUGCCUGCUGUGAGUCACAGUGUGACACUACUCAAAGAAGUGGGAAAGUAAAGGAGGACAUUGUCCUUCUCCCAAAUAUGUAUUUAAUUGCAACUUUCUUUUUAGAAAAGUGUAUUAUGUGCUGUCUUUUUAGUGUCCGAAGUCAAAUCUGUCUUGGUAAUGGUCCUGAUUUUUUUUUUUUAAAUAUCUAUUUAGAGACCUACAGUACCAGGUCAAAAGUUUGGACACCUACACAUUCAAGGGUUUUUCUUUAUUUUUUAAAAAUUAUUUUAAAAAAUCUACAUUACACUUGUAAUGUACUUGUUGGCUGCUUGUUCUUCACUCUGCGGUCCAAAUCAUUCAAAACCAUCUCGAUUGGGUUGAGGUUGGGUGAUUGUGAAGGCCAGGUCAUCUGAUGCAGCACUCCAUCAAUAUCCUUGGUCAAAUAUCCCUUGCACAGCCUGGAGUUGUGUUUUGAGUCAUUGUCCUGUUGAAAAAGAAAUGAUAGUCCCACUAAGCGCAGAUGGGAUGGUGUAUCGCUGCAGAAUGCUGUGGUAGCCAUGCUGGUUAAGUGUGCCUUAAAUUCUAAAUAAAUCACCAACCGUGUCAUCAGCAAACCACCAUCACACCUCCAUGCUUCAUGAUGGGAACCACACAUGCAGAGAUCAUCCCUUCACCUACUCUGCGUCUCGCAAAGACACAGCGGUUGGAACCAAAAAUCUCCAAUUUGGACUCAUCAGACCAAAGGACAGAUUUCCACUGUUCUAAUGUCCAUUGCUCGUGUUUCUUGGCUCAAGCAAGUCUCUUGUAAUUGGUGCCCUUUAUUAGUGGUUUCUUUGCAGCAAUUUGACUCAUGAAGGCCUGAUUCACGCAGUCUCCUCUGAACAGUUGAUGUUGAGAUGUGUCUGUUACUUGAACUCUGUGAAUCAUUUAUUUGGGCUGCAGUCUGAGGUGCAGGUAACUAGUGAACUUAUCUUCUGCAGCAGAGGUAACUCUGGAUCUUCCUUUCCUGUGUUGGGAGAGCCAGUUACAUCAUAGCGCUUGGUUUUUGCGACUGCACUUGAAGAAACUUUCAAAGUUCUUGAAAUGUUCCGUAUUGACUGACCUUCAUGUCUUAGUAAUGAUGGACUGUUUGUUUGAGCUGUUCUUGCCAUAUUAUGGACUUGGUCUUUCACCAAAUAGGGCUAUCUUCUGUAUUCCACCCGUAAUUUGUCAUAACACAAGUGAUGAAACACAUUAAGAAGGAAAGAAAUUCUGGAAAUUAACUUUUAUCAAGGCACACUUGUUAAUUGAAAUGCAUUCCAGGUGACUACCUCAUGAAGCUGGUUGAGAGAAUGCCAAGAGUGUGCAAAGCUGUCAAGGCAAAGGGUGGCUACUUUUUUGGCAACUACAUGAUUCCAUAUGUGUUAUUUCGUAGUUUUGAUGUCUUCACUAUUAUUCUACAAUGUAGAAAAUAGUAAAAAAAUAAAAACCCUUGAAUGAGUAGGUGUCCAAACUUUCGACUGGUACUGUAUGUAUUAAUUAGUUGUCAUUGUGCUCUGAAUGUUAUCACGUUGCUCUAAUUCUGCGCCUGUUCUCAAUGCUCUUAAAACAACUCACUACACCAGGAACAAUAGUACUCGUAUUUUCUGACAAUGGGCGGUCUGAGUGCCUGUCUGUUUGUGCUGUUAGACCAACUUCUUGUCACUGAUUGCAGGGGUUUUUCUGGAUCAAAAAGUGUCUUAGGUGGUGGACGUGACAGUGGGCGCAACCGGCCUGUUUAUCUUGUCUUUUUUACACAGUUUGGAUGGCGGCCCACCCAAGGAUUUCAAUAGGAGAAAAUGACACUGAGCGUUGGAGUUGGCAAGAGCACAAACAGUUCUGGGACCAGGCUACAUAUGAUAGGUUUCAGGGGAAAUUGACGCUUGAUCCACAGAUGUCACAUUAGUGGAAGGGUGUUGAUUGAGUGGUGGUGUAUCAUUCCUUCCUGCAAUGAAACAAGCUAUCUUAGUAUGAACAUACAAGCCAAUGCAUUGAAGAAUUUGACAUGCAGUGGUAUACUGAGCUAAGUAAACCUGCUGGUUGAAUGGUGGGCCAGUAAACUAGAUGUGAGCUGUUUAACCAAAACAUCAUGUACUUAUUAUUGACUGUGCGAUGACUUGCCUUAUCAUAAGAUAUACGUGUAAUAAUAGUGCAUUUUUGUGCAAUAGCAAGACCUGUAAAAAUAUUUGAUUAGUGUCAGAAAUAUGUGAAUUGAAAUGAGUUAGUAAGGCUAUAUCUUUAUUCUAUAUAUUUUUACAAUAAUUUAUAGUAAGUGAGUACUCAGACACGCUAGUACUGCUUUUGAUGAAUCAAUAUGACUGAUUAUUUUAGGCUCCGUCCCAAAUGGCACCCCAUUCCCUAAAAUAUAUACAGUACCAGUCGAAAGUUUGGCUACACCGACUCGUUCAAGGGUUUUUCUUUAUUUUACUAUGUUCUACAUUGUAGAAAUAAUAGUGAAGACAUCAAAACUAUGAAAUAACACAUAUGGAAUCAUGUAGUAACUCAAAAAGUGUUUAGACAAAUAAAAUAUAUUUUAUUCUUCAAAGUAGCCACCCUUUGCCUUGGGAGCCAGGCCAACCCACUGGGGAGCCAGGCCCAGCCAAAGGUUAAAUAAACAUUUUAAGAAAUCAGAAUAAGAUUUACCCCACAAAAUGGCUUUAUUAUAGAUAGAUAUACUCCUCCCCCGUCUGACGAUUCCACAGGUGAAGAACCCAGAUGUGGUGGUCCUGGGCUGGCGUGGCUACACGUGGUCUGUGGUUGUAAGGCCGGUUAGACGUACUGCGAAAUUCUCUAAAAUUACCUUGGAGGCAGCUUAUGCUAGAGAAAUUAACAUUAAAUUCUCUGGAAACGGCUCCGGUGUGCCAAUUGCACACUCCCUCAAAACUUGGAACAUCUCUGGCAUUGUGUUGUGUGAGACAACUACACAUUUUAGUGGUCUUUUAUUUUCCACAGCACAAGGUGCACUUGUGUAAUGAUAAUACUCUUUAAUCAGCUUCUUGACAUUUCCACACCUGUCAGGUGGAUGGAUUAUCUUGACAAAGGAUAAAAUGCUCACUAAUGCAUGUAAACGAGUUUGUGCAUACGGAACAUUCCUGGGAUCUUUUAUUUCAGCUCAUGAAACAUGGGACCAGCACUGUACAGUUGUGGCCAAAAGUUUUGAGAAUGACACAAAUAUACACUGCUCAAAAAAAUAAAGGGAACACUUAAACAACACAAUGUAACUCCAAGUCAAUCACACUUCUAUGAAAUCAAACUGUCCACUUAGGAAGCAACACUGAUUGACAAUAAAUUUCACAUGCUGUUGUGCAAAUGGUAUAGACAAAAGGUGGAAAUUAUAAGCAAUUAGCAAGACACCCCCCAAAAAGGAGUGAUUCUGCAGGUGGUGACCAAAGACCACUUCUCAGUUCCUAUGCUUCCUGGCUGAUGUUUUGGUCACUUUUGUAUGCUGGCGGUGCUCUCACUCUAGUGGUAGCAUGAGACGGAGUCUACAACCCACACAAGUGGCUCAGGUAGUGCAGUUCAUCCAGGAUGGCACAUCAAUGCGAGCUGUGGCAAAAAGGUUUGCUGUGUCUGUCAGCGUAGUGUCCAGAGCAUGGAGGCGCUACCAGGAGACAGGCCAGUACAUCAGGAGACGUGGAGGAGGCCGUAGGAGGGCAACAACCCAGCAGCAAGACCGCUACCUCCGCCUUUGUGCAAGGAGGUGCACAGCCAGCGCCCUGCAAAAUGACCUCCAGCAGGCCACAAAUGUGCAUGUGUCAGCAUAUGGUCUCACAAGGGGUCUGAGGAUCUCAUCUCGGUACCUAAUGGCAGUCAGGCUACCGCUGGUGAGCACAUGGAGGGCUGUGCGGCCCCACAAAGAAAUGCCACCACACACCAUGACUGACCCACCGCCAAACCGGUCAUGUUGGAGGAUUUUGCAGGCAGCAGAACGUUUUCCACGGCGUCUCCAGACUCUGUCACGUCUGUCACAUGUGCUCAUGUGCUCAGUGUGAACCUGCUUUCAUCUGUGAAGAGCACAGGGCGCCAGUGGCGAAUUUGCCAAUCUUGGUGUUCUCUGGCAAAUGCCAAACGUCCUGCACGGUGCUGGGCUGUAAGCACAACCCCCACCUGUGGACAUCGGGCCUUCAUACCACCCUCAUGGAGUCUGUUUCUGACCGUUUGAGCAGACACAUGCACAUUUGCACAUGCACAUUCAACUAUGUAAAGAAAAAAGUAUUUAAUAAGAAUAUUUCAGUCAUUCAGAUCUAGGAUGUGUUAUUUUAGUGUUCCCUUUAUUUUUUUGAGCAGUGUACUUCACUAUUCCAUAGUAACAUCUGGCAAAAAUAUCUAAAGACACUGAAGCAGCAAACUUAGUGGAAAUUUAAUAUUUGUGUCAUUCUCAAAACCUUUGGCCACGACUGUACAUGUGUUUACCGGUAAUGUUUUUUUUUCUUCCUUCUUUCUUUCUUUCUUUUUUUUAAAGUUGUGCACUAUAUUAGGGAAUGAUGGGACGCAACCUUAAUUUAAUUGUGAGUUAAGUCUAUAAGUAGAACAUGGCUGAUGGGAGGUGUGUUUGGAAGCUUUGAGUUUUUGUAUUCAAUAUUUGAAAUGUGCUUUUGAUGUGACUGUCCUCAGGGAGGCUGAUGUUGUUUUUCUAGCUAUGCCACUGUGAGGCCAAACCUCUACUCCUUUUAUGGCUUUAACUAAUCCAUGGUAACGUGCCUUAUUGAACAGAGGGUCAAUAAGUAUGGUUUGGUCAAAUGCAAUAUUUGAACAUGAUUUAGAUUUUUUUUUUAUAUAAGUAUUUCCUUGAAUUGUGUGUGUAUUUAUAGUUAAGCAAAAAUAGUUACUUGCUCUUAUUAAUAAUAUUACAUUUGCGAGAAUCUGAAAUCUGCCCUUCAAGUUAUUGAAAUACAAUUUAUUUACAAAAUAGAUAGACCUUGAGAAAAUGUAGCAUUGUUGAAUGUUCAAUGCAUUUGUAUAGAGGCCAUAGACUAUAUUGGCAUCCUUUCUGUAUACACGUCGAGAAUGCACUGUAAAUAGUCCUGGUGGACUAUUUUGAUUAAUUGAUCAGUAGUUUUAUGGCUUGGGGGUAGAAGCUAUUAAGGAGCCUUUUGAACCUAGACUUGGUGCUCCGGUACCACUUGCUGUGCGGUUGCAGAGAGAACAGUCAAUGACUUGGGUGACUGGAGUCUUUGACAAUUUGUUAGUCCUUCCUCUGACGCUGCCUAGUGUAAUAGGUCCUGGAUGGUAGGAAGCUUGGCACCAGUAAUGUACUGGGUUGUACGCACUACCCUCUGUAGUGCCUUACGAUCAGAUGCCGAGCAGUUGCCAUACCAGGUGGUGAUGCAACCGGUCAGGAGGCUCUCGAUGGUGCUGCUGUAAAACCUUUGAGGAUCUGAGGACCCAUGCCAAAUCUUUUCAGUCUCCUGAGAGUGGAAAACUCAUUGUCAUGCCCUCUUCACAACUUUCUUGGUGUGUUUGGACCAUGUUAGUUUGUUAGUGAUGUGGAUACCAAGGAACUUAACUCUCGACCCACUCCGCUACAGCCCAGUUGAUGUGAAUGGGGGUGUGCUCGUUCCUCCUUUUUCUGUAGUCCACAAUCAUCUCCUUUGUCUUGCUUUCGUUGAGGGAGAGGUUGUUGUCCUGGCACAACACUGCCAGGUCUCUUGUCCUCCUCCCUAUAGGCUGUCUCAUCGUUGUCGGUGAUCAGGCCUACCGCCGUUGUGUCGUCAGCAAACUUAAUGAUGGUGUUGGAGUUGUGUUUGGCCACGCAGAUGUGGAUGAACUGGGAGUACAUGAGAGGACUAAGCACACACCCCUAAGGUGCCCCCAUGUCAAGGAUCAGCGUGGCAGAUGUCUAGUUACCUACACUUACCACCUAGGGGCGCCCCGUCAGGAAGUCCAGGAUCCAGUUGCAGAGGGAGGUGUUUAGUCCCAUGGUGGUCCUUAGCUUAGUGAUGAGCUUUGAGGGCACUAUGGUGUUGAACGCUGAGCUGUAGUCAAUGAAUAGCAUCCUCACAUAGGUGUUCCUUUUGUCCAGGUGGGAAAGGGGAGUGUGGAAUGAGAUUGCAUCAUCUGUGGAUCUUUUGGAGCGGCAUGCAAAUUGGAGUGGGUCUAGUGUUUCCCGGGAUGAUUGUGUUGAGGUGAGCCAUGACCAACCUUUCAAAGCACUUCAUGGUAUACCAUCGUGAGUGCUACGGGGCGGUAGUCAUUUAGGCAGGUUACCUUCGCUUUCUUGUGCACAGGGACUAUGGUGGUUUGCUUGAAACAUGUAGGUAUUACAGACUCGGUCAGAGAAAGGUUGAAAAUGUCAGUGAAGACACUUGCCAGUUGGUCCACGCAUGCUCAGAGUACACAUCAUGGUAAUCCGUCUGGCCUCGCGGCCUUGUGAAUGUUGACCUGUUUAAACGUCUUGCUCACAUCGGCUACGGAGAGCAUAAUCACACAGUCGUCCUGAACAACUGGUGCUCUCAUGCAAGCUUCAGUGUUGCUUGCCUUGACACGACCAAAAAAUGUCAUUUAGCCCAUCUGGUAGGCUUGCAUCACUGGGUAGCUCGUGGCUGGGUUUCCCUUUGUAGUCCAUAAUAGUUUGCAAGCCCUGCCACAUCCGACGAGUGUCAGAGCCGGUGUAGUAGGACUCAAUCUUAGUCCUGUAUUGAUGCUUUGCCUGUUUGAUGGUUUGUCUGAGGGCAUCGCAGGAUUUCUUAUAAGCGUCCGGAUUAGUGCCCCGCUCCUCCAGCUUUAGCUCGGUGCGGCCUGUAAUCUAUGGCUUCUGGUUGGGAUAUGUACGUACGGUCACUGUUGGAUUGAUGUCAUCAAUGCACGUAUUGAUAAAGCCGGUGACUGAGGUGGUAUACUCCUCAAUGACAUUGGAUGAAUCCCAGAACAUAUUCCAGUCUGUGCUCGCAAAAGAGUCCUGAAGCGGAUGCUACGCUACAGGACAUCUGACCACUUCCGUAUUGAGCGAGUCACUGGUUCUUCCUGCUUUAGUUGUUGCUUGUAAGCAGGAAUCAGGAGGAUAGAAUUAAGGUCAGAUUUGCCAAAUGGAGGGCGAGGGAGAGCUUUGUACGCGUCUCUGUAUGUGGAGUAAAGGUGGUCUAGCAUUUUUGGUUGCUCAUGUGACAUGCUGGUAGAAAUUAGGUAAAACGGAUUUAAGUUUGCCUGCAUUAAAGUCCCUGGCCACUAGGAGCAUCGCUUCUGGAUAAGCAUUUUCUUAGUGCCAGCAUUGGUUUGUGGUGGUAAAUAGACGCUACGAAAAAUAUAGAUGAAAACAGUCUUGGUAGAUAGUGUGGUCUACAGCUUAUCAUGAGGUACUCUAACUCAGGUGAGCAAUACCUCGAGACCUUAAUAUUAGACAUCUCGCAGCAGCUGUUAUUGACAAAUUGUCACACACCCCCACCCCUUGUCUGACGGACGUAGCUGUUUUGUCCUGCCCAUGCACGGAAAACCCAGCCAACUGUAUAUUAUCCUUGUCUUAUUUCAACCACGACUGUGAAAUAUAAGAUAUUACAGUUUUUAAUGUCACGUUGGUAGGUUAGUCUCGAACGGAGCUCAUACAGUUUAUUCUCCAGUGAUUUCAUGUUGGCCAAUAGAAUGGAUGGUAGAGGCGGGUUAUCCACUUACCUACAAAUUCUCACAAGGCACCCUGAUCUCCGCCCCUUGUAUUUCUUUAUUUUCUUCAUGCGAAUGACAGGGAUUUGGGCUUUUGUCUAUAUCCUUUGUGUCAGACUCAUUACAGAAAAAAUAUUAGUCCAGUUUGAGGUGAGUAAUCGCUGUUCUUAUCCCGAAGCUCUUUUCAUUCAUAAGACACGGUAGCAUCAACAUUAUGUACCAAAUAAGUUACAAACAAUGUGAAAAAACACACAAAAUAGCACAAUAGUUUAAGAGCCUGUAAGCGGCAGCCAUCCCCUCCGGCGCCAUCUUUAACAAUUUACCUUUGAUUAGUGCUUGGGGGUCUUGGUGUGUGUGAGUCAUUUUGGCAGUUGGGAUUGUUCACUGGGUGUUCAUACAGUACUGUCCGGUACCAACAACCAAUGUAAUAUAAUCUCUCAUUCUGUUAAACCGACUAGCCUCGCCCUCGGGGCUACUGUCAUUCAAAUCAUUAUUACAUUAAGAGCAUUUCUGUUGCAGUAUUCUUUUUGAAUCCUGUGCUUUGUUGACGUGAAAUGGGGAGUACGUUUUGUUUCAACUCCCGGAGACAGUAUAGACCUAAGAGAGAAAAUCAUAGGUGCUCAAUGCAUUUCAUACCGACAAGCUUUUGUGUUGUUUUAGAUGUGAAACAAACUACUAACCCGGGAUGGUAUUCUGUUCUAGCAUUAGCCAGCCCAGACUAUGCUGCAGGAUAUCUAAUGCUAAAACAGACUGCCAUUUUUGCUGUUAAACCACUUUAAGCACUUAUUAACCUAUGCUGCUGUGUGAUCUCAGGAUGCAUGUUGUGUGCAGCACUGACACGUACACGACUCUUCUGUUGAUUUAAGUAUCAACACAGUGACUUGGUAUUUGUCUGGUGAUUAUCUGCUCAUGUACUUACUCCUCUAUUUGCCCAACUCUUGUCUUGCAGCUGGUCCCAAUUUGCUCCCUAACACUACGCUCUUUGUCCUAACCAGUAUGUGGACCUGACCCUUGGAUGUCUGCAGAUCUGUAAGGUGGACCCUCCACCACUACACUGCUUAUACCUUUCCAAAGCCUUCAGAUCCGCAGACAUCAAUGGGUUAGGGCCAUGGGAGGGGGCUAUGGAGCACAUUGCGACCAACUGUUGCUCUGAGCAAGUCCUCACUAUCUAUCUGAUCUAGAUUCACACAAUUCAGCUGUCACGCCGGGUCAUUUUAAUGUGAAUUUGUUUAUUCCUCAACUGUGGAAAAUGUGAAAAGCCUUGUAACAUCACUUCUCAAGUUUGUUAAUACCAAUAAAGGUUUUGAAUUUA